AUACCAUCCCCAACACACACACAUGAGCAAAACUGUCCCCCCCCCCCUCUUCUCUAUUUUUGAGUUGAGAAUUUUGUGAAAUAGAGAAACCCCAUCUUCAAAGUUCUCAACUUUUCACUUUCAAGUUCAAGAAAACACCAUCUUUAGAGCAUUUUCAUAAAUUGUUUCUAAGAUUUUCAAGAUUCUUGUUUGUUUUGUAAGUGUUUGGCUUUCUGUGUCAAGAUUCUAUCAGAUCCCUUGUGGAUUUCAUGGGCUUGUGAUCUUUUUAUGGUUGUUUAGAAUUGUGAUUGCAAAAUUUGAAACAUUAUAGAGCAUGAUGGAUGUUGUCAAUAACAUAGCUGUUUCUGGAAAUGGGUUGGGCUUUGGAAAUGGAGUUCACCAACUUCCAGAAGUUGUUGCUGGCAUAUCCAAUGGGAUGCCUCAUGCAAGUCCCAGUAAUGAAGAAUUAGAGAGGAGUUUCCAGAGCACUGUCAUAUUGACGGAUAGUGAAACAGUUGGAUCUUCUGUCCAAGAGGUCAGUAAUGAAACUACAAUUACUGUAGAAAGCAAUGCUGGUGUCAGUUCCGAGGAACACGAAGCAAAAGAAUCUGAUGAUGCAACAAACAGUAAAGAGCAAAAGACUCCACCUAGGGCAAGGAAUGCUAAGAAUUCAGGCCCCCAAAAUGGCGUUGCCAAGAAAAGCAAAGAUGGAAAAGAGGCAUCAAAUGGUACCCUUGCCUCCAAACCGCGUCCUAAGCAGUCAUCUUCCCUUGAUGCAAAGGGUAAAUCAUUCAGUGACAAGAAAACUGUUGAGUAUUAUUCAAAACCUGCAUUGGCUCAUCUAAAUGUUGAUCGUGCUAAGCAGCAACCUGGUCAUGCUGAAGUAGCAGCAUCAGCUUCUCCCAGUGCUGCUCAGUCGGAAGGCCUUAAGGAAAAAACAAAACUGAUGCCUUUGAAGAAAGUGCCCCCUGCUAAAGCUGAUGGAAGUGCAGAAUCAUCUUCCAGUCCUACUGCUGCAUCAGAUGCCAAACCUCGCAAAGUAGGUACUCUUCCAACCUACAAUAUCAGUUUCAAGUGUGAUGCAAGAGCUGAGAAAAGGAAAGAGUUUUACUCCAAGCUUGAAGAAAAAACCCAGGCAAAGGAAGUUGAGAAGAGUAAUAUGCAAGCCAAGACUAAGGAAACUCAGGAAGCUGAGAUCAAAAUGUUAAGGAAGAGCUUAAAAUUUAAAGCGACACCCAUGCCAAGCUUUUAUCAGGAACCUGCACCUCCAAAGAUGGAGUUGAAGAAGAUUCCACCAACCAGAGCUAAAUCCCCCAAACUUGGGAGGAGAAAGAGCUCGCCCACCAAAGAAAGAAUCAAUGAGAGUGUCAUGCGCCCGGGUAGGUUAAGCUUGGACGAAAAUGCAUCCCAAAAUAACCCAGUCAAAGGGCAUUCUCCUCUCAUUGUUAAGAAGCCUCAAAGGAAGUCACUUCCAAAGCUGCCAUCUGAGAAAACCAACUUAUCCAAUGAAACAAGAAAGCUUUCCAUUCGCAAGUCUAGCUCAUCCAAAGAAUCAGCUGAAGCUGCAUCUCUGCCGAAUGCUUUACCCAAGGAAACAAGUGAAGUUUCUUCUCAACCAAAUAACCAACACAAGCAAGCUACUGAAUUUGAUGCAGAUGGUCGAGAGUGUGAGGUUGUAUCAGUUGUUGAACCGAGCCAGACUGAGACCGGUGUUAAAGCUCAAAUAGAGACCAAUCUGGUGCAGGAACAUGUCACAAUCGAGCAGUAGAAGCAACCACUGAAGUUGAAUAUAUACUCAUGGAGCAAUCUUCAUUUGCUCUUUGCCUCAAGUAUUGCAAAGGUAUGAAUGCACUUGAUAUUGUACUAGGCAAACAUCGCCAUUUUGUCUAUAGUCAGCGCAGCAAGGUUGAAUUUGUAGUGGUCUAUCUUCUUUCAAGAUUGCUGAGUGUGGUCAUCAGAAACAUGCAGGCUGCUUGCCUCUGUUAUCUAAAUGUUGAGUAGCCAGAAAUCCUUAAGAAUUUUUGUCUUUUCUACUAGUCGAGUACUUUGCAGUUGCAGAAAACUUGAGACAGUACUGGCUGCUGAAACUGUUCUGUUGAACCAAAUGGUUGUUGCUUGUUUAUUAAGGUGUAUUUAUAAAUUACAUAUACAUUACAUGAUGGAGAGCUUUGUUCAGGUAUUAUGAAUCUUUUCCUC